AUGGGAUGUGUUAUUGCGGCUACGCCCGCCCCCUCCACCUUGCAUCAGCCAAUCAGAACACUCCUGGGCCAAACGAGCUCCCAUCGCCGCAUCGUCCCCGCCCAGUUACGUCACCAGGCGCAUCUUCUGGUGUCUAGCCGAUUUUCGAGGACUCAGACCCAGACAGAGAAGCGGCACAAGCGGAGGCGCACGGACAGCCAGAAAUCUGCAGCAGCAACAACAACAACACAGAGAACCCGGGGAGGGGCUUCUUGCCCCAAACCCCACGCACUACAGGAGACGCCAAGGCAGGAGAAGAUGCCCAGCUCGUUGUUCGCCACAGACAGCGAGAGCCACCACCAUCAUCACCACCACCACAACCACCAUCACCACCACCAGGGAGAGACUCUGGAUGACCAGCGGGCUCUGCAGAUCGCCCUGGACCAGCUCUCCUUGCUCGCCCUGGACAACGACGAUCUGUACGACAACAGCGAGCCACGCAAGAAGAGCGUCAACAUGACCGAGUGUGUGCCAGUGCCCAGCUCCGAGCAUGUGGCAGAGAUCGUGGGCAGACAAGGUUGCAAGAUCAAAGCUCUGCGCGCCAAAACCAACACGUACAUCAAGACCCCGGUGAGAGGAGAGGAGCCGGUGUUUGUAGUGACCGGUCGCAGGGAGGACGUGGCAAUGGCCAGGAGGGAGAUCAUCUCAGCCGCAGAACACUUCUCCAUGAUCCGAGCAUCACGCAACAAAAACACCAGUGUGAGUGGCAGCGGCACCCCCAUCCCAGGCCCCCCCAACCUGCCGGGCCAAACCACCAUCCAAGUCCGCGUGCCUUACCGCGUAGUGGGGCUGGUGGUCGGGCCUAAAGGAGCGACCAUUAAGCGCAUCCAACAGCAGACGCACACCUACAUAGUGACCCCGAGCAGAGACAAAGAGCCGGUGUUUGAAGUGACCGGAAUGCCCGAGAACGUGGACCGCGCCCGAGAGGAGAUAGAAGCACACAUCGCCAUGAGAACUGGGGGCGUGAUCGAGCUGCAGGACGAUAACGACUUCCACGCCAACGGCACGGACGUGGGGUUCGACCUGCUCAACCACGCGUCCUUGUGGUCCAAGCCCGGCGCCACCACCAUGACGCCAAGCUCAACGCGCAAACCCUUCUCGAACUACCGCAAUGACUCGUCCUCCUCCCUGGGAAGUGCCUCCACAGACUCCUACUUUGGCAACUCCCGCAUGGCCGACUACAGUCCCCCCAGCCCGGCGCUAAGCUACACGGCUAACAACAACAACAACAACGGCAACAAUAACAACAACAACAUCAACAACGCCAAUGGGUUUGUGUACAGCAGUGAGGCCAUCUCCCCAGACUCUGCCAGUGUGGGGUUUGACUCGUCGCCAGCCUUUGACCCCACUCCGGCCCCGCCAGGACUGAUGUGGUCUCAGUACGACCGAGGCAUGACCCCCACAUCCACCGGAGGCAGCUCCCCUACCUCCACGUCAGCCAGAUUCUCUGCCAAUAACAACAACAACAACGGGAGGAGGGUGAGCAGCAGCGGAACGCCUCAACCCAGACUCUCCCCGCCACUUCACAACCACACCGCCACCCUUAGCGAGCACCCGCACGCCAGACGGGUGCGCAGCGAUCCGGGCGGCGGUUCCCUCGGCUUCCCCGCCUCCUUUUCCAGCACCAUGGCCUCGCUGCCCGGGCCGCACCUCCCGGGGAUCCCCUGCGAUUCGUCUGCCUCAUCAUCAGCCUCCUCAACCUCGUCCACGUCCUCUGGCACGAGCCGAAAGGGCAGCCGCGACUGCUCUGUGUGCUUCGAGAGCGAGGUGAUUGCUGCGCUGGUGCCGUGCGGCCACAACCUGUUCUGUAUGGAGUGUGCCAACCGCAUCUGUGAGAGGAGCGAGCCGCGCUGCCCGGUCUGCCACGCUGCCGUCACUCAGGCCAUUCGUAUAUUUUCAUAA